AUGGGUUUUAAAAAAUAUUCUGAAUUACUUUCACAUCUUCUUAUUGCUGAACAGCAUAACGACUUAUUGAAAAAUCAUGAAAGUUGGCCCGUUGGUUCUAUGCCACUCCCUGAAGUGAAUCAGGCAAAUUAUCACCAACGAGAAAGAGGUCGUGGCUCCAAUCGGGGUCGUGGUCGUAGAAUAAAUUAUAAUCAUGAUGGUCAUCUUGCACCAAAAAUUGACCAGCAAUAUAAAAAGAAGGGUAAAAAACAAGAAGUGAUACAAAAGAAAAAUUCAGAAAAUGUGUGUCACAGAUGUGGAGGAAUGGGGCACUGGUCACGUACAUGUCGAUCAUCUAAGUGUUUGGUUCAACUCUAUCAGGCAUCCUUGAGAAAGAGUGAUAAUAAUCCAGAAGCAAACUUUAUCUCUAAAGAUAAUGUUGAGCUCAUACAUAAGAUGGAUAAUAGUGCAGAAGCAAAUUUCAUCUCCGAAGAUAAUGUUGAGCCAAUGCAUCUGGUUGUAGUUGAUUUCCUCAUAUUCCCUGAAGGAAAAAAACCAGUGACGACCCCGCGAUAA